GUCGUGUUGGUUUCAGAAGUCAUCAUGGCGCUCACUUCCCCAGUCCCAGAGCACCCAUAUAGCCAUCUAAUUGAGACACUGAAAGAUGGCACAAUCAAGUUCUUCAAUCCACAGAAAUUAAAUGAUCCACGUUAUGACAAGCUGCCUCUGUCCAUCCGCGUCUUACUGGAGGCAGCGAUUCGUAACUGUGAUGGCUUUUACACGAAAAAAGAAGACGUCCAGAACCUCAUGGACUGGCAGGAGCUGCAGAAUCAAACUGAGGUGCCGUUCUCUCCAGCUCGAGUCCUGCUCCAGGACUUCACAGGUAUUCCUGCCAUGGUGGACCUGGCAGCCAUGAGGGAUGCUGUUGCCAAACAUGGCAUGGACCCCAGCCUGGUCAACCCCAAAUGCCCCACAGACCUCAUUGUAGACCACUCAUUACAGAUUGAUUAUAGCAAAUGUGCCGUACAGAAUGCUCCAAACCCUGGUGGAGGGAAUGGCCCAAACCAGAGCCAGGAUCCCUCCCGUUCCACCCCCUCCAGGCCUCCGUCCAGAGGAGGCUCACAGUGCGGAGGCCAGCGAGGCACAUGUAGUAAAGCUGCCUGCAGUGACCCUCCAGGCUCCCCGGGUCAACCCCCAGCCUCCGUCCAGCAGAUCGAGAACACGCCCCUCCUCUGCCCUUUCCACCUGAAACCUGUGUCUGAAACUGACACAUCUCUGAAGAAUCAAGAACUGGAACUGACCAGAAACAAAGAGAGACUUCAGUUCUUUAAGUGGUGUUCUAAAGCAUUCAAGAAUGUGAACGUGGUUCCUCCAGACGUCGGCGCAGUCCACCAGGUGAACCUGGAGUAUCUAUCCAGAGUGAUCCAGGUCAGCAAUGGUUUCAUCUACCCUGACAGCGUGGUGGGAACCGACUCUCACACCACCAUGAUCAACGGCCUGGGCAUCCUGGGCUGGGGCGUUGGGGGAAUUGAGUCAGAAGCUGUGAUGCUGGGCCAACCAGUGUCUCUGACUCUUCCUCAGGUGGUGGGCUGUAAACUGGUGGGCUCCAUCAACCCCCUAACCACCUCCAUAGACAUCGUCCUCGGCAUCACAAAGCACUUGCGACAAGCUGGGAUCGCUGGAAAGUUUGUCGAGUUUUUUGGACCUGGCGUUUCUCAGCUGUCGGCCCCUGACCGAACCACCAUCGCUAACAUGUGCCCAGAGUACAACGCCACAGUCAGCUUCUUCCCUGUCGACCAAGUCACACUCAGGCACUUUAAAAAGACAAAUUUUACCCAGGAAAAACUUGAAUUGAUGGAACAUUACAUGAAGGCUGUAAAACUUUUCCGAAACUUUGAAGACCCCUCAGAAGACCCUGAGUAUUCUGAGGUGUUUGAAAUCGACCUGAGCUCCAUGGUGCCCUAUGUGAGCGGACCCAAAAGACCACAGGACCGAGUGGCAGUCAGCAGCAUGAAAGAAGACUUUCAGAGUUGUCUUCAAGAGAAGGUGGGUUUUAAAGGCUUCCACAUCUCCAAGGAGAAGCAGGAGACCCGCGUCCCUUUCCUGCACGGUGGUCAGGAAUACCAGCUGGCCCACGGCUCAGUGGUCAUCGCUGCUGUUAUCAGCUGCACCAACAACUGCAACCCGUCUGUCAUGUUGACUGCAGGUCUACUGGCCAAAAAGGCAGUGGAGGCGGGGCUUGUUGUCAAACCUUACAUCAGGACCAGCCUGGCUCCCGGAAGUGGCAUGGUCACUCACUACCUCAGCACCAGUGGAGUCCUGCCUUACUUUAGCCAACUGGGGUUUGAGGUGAUAGGUUACGGUUGUGCCACCUGUGUAGGAAACACAGCACCGUUACCAGACCCUGUCAUGGAUGCGAUCAAACAGGGCAACCUGGUGGCCUGUGGGGUGUUGUCUGGCAACAGGCAGUUUGAGGGCCGCCUCUGUGACUGUGUGCGUGCCAACUACCUGGCCUCCCCUCCCCUGGUGGUGGCUUAUGCUAUUGCAGGCACUGUGGGAAUCGACUUUGAGAAAGAGCCUUUAGGGGUCACGUCUGAGGGGAAGGAGGUGUACCUUCGUGACAUUUGGCCAUCCAGAGAGGAGAUCCAGCAGACUGAGGAAGACACCGUCAUCUCUUCCAUUUUUAAGGAUCUCAGGGGGAGGAUGGAGAAAGGAAACACAUUUUGGAACAACAUCGAAUGUCCAGACUCUGUACUUUUCCCCUGGGAUCACAAGUCCACAUACAUCCGCUCACCUUGUUUUUUCAGCAAGUUGAGUAAAGACGUUCCUCCCCCUCACUCGAUAGAGGGCGCUCAUGCCUUACUGUUCCUCGGGGACAAAGUGACCACGGACCACAUCUCCCCAGCAGGCAGCAUCGCUAGGGUCAGCGCGGCGGCCAAAUACCUGAUGAGCAAACGUCUGACGCCGCGGGAGUUCAACUCGUACGGCGCACGCAGAGGGAACGACGCAGUGAUGACCCGAGGCACGUUCGCCAGCAUCAAGCUGCAGAAUCGAUUCAUCGGCAAAUCAGGCCCCAAGACUUUGCACAUUCCCUCAGGCCAGACACUGGACGUCUUCGAGGCAGCUGAUCGCUAUCAGAGAGAUGGGGUUCCCCUCAUCAUCCUGGCAGGCAAAGACUACGGCUCUGGAAACUCCAGGGACUGGGUCGCCAAAGGACCGUACCUGCUGGGGGUCCGUGCAGUCAUCGCUGAGAGCUUCGAGAAGUUGCACAAGAACCAGCUGGUGGGAAUGGGCAUCAUGCCGCUCGAAUUCCUGCCUGGCCAGAGCGCCGACUCGCUGGAGCUCAGCGGGAAGGAGAGGUUCACCAUCACCCUGCCGGAGAGCCUGAGUCCCAGGCAGCAGCUCAGUGUCAGGACCAGUCAAGGGACGUCCUUCUCCGUCACCGCACUGUUUGACACAGAGAUGGACGUUAUCUUCUUCCAGCACGGAGGGGUUCUUCGAUACGUGGCACGGAAUUUACUGUGAAUCAGCCUCAAGCCUACAGAGUGUGCACCAGGCUCAUGAACUGCAGUCCUCUUUGUUUCCCCAGUUUGUCUUUAAACUUGAUGAAAGCGGCUCAUUGGAACCACAUAAGGACUAAUGGUCUGUGUGCUUGAACUGGAUAUUCGUCUCCAAACCAACCGAGUGGUGAGAGGACAGUUUCAGCUGCUUCUCCCUCACUACACAUGGCUGGUCCCGCUUCUGCAACAGCUUUGUUUGUCGUCACAUGACCAUCAGAGCAACUGCAGGAAGACGUGCUGACAUGCACUCAAUAAAGAGAUCUUACCUUCAUUGACCCUUGAACACAUGCUUUUUUUCUUUUGUUGUUGGAGAGUGAAACUUCAGAGUACCGAGGGGACGUUUCAUUCACCAUUCAGCCCAAGAAGAAAUGAGUCCUCUCUGCUUCUGUUGUCAUUAAGCUCAAACAAAACCAAUCCUGCCUGGAAAGGUUAAGAUGGUGCUAGGUACUAUGGCAUGAAUAUAUUUUCUAAAUGCAGUACAGCCUGUUUUCCUCAACAUUCGAGUAAGGUUCAUUUCAGAAGUAUUAGAGUUGAUGUCCGUUGUUCUAAACAAUCCUAGUAAAUAAGUUGAAAUUUCUUAAUCAAACUUUUGCUUAAAAAAAGUACAAUUGCCUCCUAAUACUCAGUUUAUAUCAUGUGAAAAAAUGUGUAACUAUUAUAUGUGAUUUGUUACUUGCUCCCUGCAUUAGCAUGGUUCAUACUUCAACUGACAGUCUCUGCAUCACAUUAAAGGUAAAUGAUAAAAACCUUCCGCUAAAGAAUCUGUUAAUACCAAUGCACACAGCAUCAUAUGCUUCUAAAGGUUCAGUUUAUUAUUUAUCAAAGUACAUACUUAACACAACCAGUGUUUAAAACCAGAGUUUCAUUUUAGUUAAACAAUGUUAACUUUACAUUUAGUUUUUUAUACAUAAACUGAUGCUGAGGUGAGAGGCAGUCAUUGAGCUGUUGACAGUUGCAGUUACACUUGUCAUAUUUAUUAGGUAUGAUUGAAAGCAGCAAAUUUUGAGAUUAAACUGCUGAAUCACCCUGUUGACUGAUGUUACUGAGAGUGGGUCCAGCCUGAGCCUGACCACAUACAGCCAAGUUCAGCAUCAUCAGCAUUAAUGUUAAUGCAAUUUCCACACAUUGACGUUUGUCUCUCAGUCUUGGAGAAUACCACACUACACGUUUUGGAAAAAGCUUUUUGUCUUUGUAGUCUGAUAAAUGCAUGACUCAAGCGAUGAUUCAAUCCAGUGAUCGGCGUCACUUGGGUCUGAAGACCAGGAUGUUGAAACAUGAACAAAUCUAUUGGUGGAGUUAGAGAGACCUUGGAACACUGAUGACAAACCUGUGUAACUAUUGCUAAGCAGUUACACAAAUUUAAAUCAUUGUACAAAUGCAAAAAUUGUGAGCAAAAUUACACACAAACAAUUGAACAGAAUUCUACAAAACCUGGUGGAGGGAUACAUUUUUUGUGAAUUCCUAAAGAAAUAAUUGAUGGAUCUUAAUGAAAAAUAUAUGAAAGUUUGAAAUUUGGUGCAGCUUAAUUGAAUUUAAGUGGACUUUGGGGCCUUGGUGGAGGUACGUGCUCUAGUCUUUGUCAUUCUAGUUAGUAAACGUCUAGCUUAGCUAUGUCUAAAGAUAAAAAAAAUACACCUGGUGACAUCUCUGAAGCUCAUUCAUUAUUGUUCUUGUUUUUUUAGUGAUCCAUAGAGGUGGCGGCAGGUGGAUUUGGAUUGAAGCAGUCUGUCUGUGCUUAGCUGACAUCUAUUUGGCUGAAGCUUUAAACUAGCUGUACAGAAACGGGUGUAGAGAAACUGAUCCUGAAAAGGAUGAACUCCCCUCUAGUGGUCCUGUUACUGAACCAGACUCAAUUCAUGAAAGUUAAUGCUGUGUCAGAUUGACCAGUGUAACCCGGCACUUCCUCUAUGUACUGCUCCUGCCACUGGAGGUGGAACACUGAGAAGGGAGCUCCUAACUUUCACCUCUUUCAUUAGAGUAAAAGCUCCUUGCUUGAGGAGAUGAUCAAUCCCUCUUGGUGACGUAGAGUCAAUGCUCCAUCAGCUGAAAUGUAGUCUGACCUGACUGAACUAAACUUAAAGUGACUCAACACCAGCCCUCUGUAAAGUGCAGGUAUCGUUUGGUUUGUAAUUCAUGAUGAUGAAUUGAACUUCUGGACUUUUCAUCUGAAAUCAUUGAGUUUUUUUUGUGCAAUUAAAAAUUUGAGUAUGAACGCAUAUUGACGUACUUGAUCUGAAACCAUGGAUCCAAUGCAACACGUCACAUUUUCUACAGUGUGGGUCGGAGCCUUUAUGCAUUUAGAUAUUUCUUUAGAGCAUGACGUGUGCAGGCUGUGUUCAUGAGAAGCUCUUUAUUAUUCAUACUUGGCAUUUCAAGAGUGAACAAUCUAUGUUUCUUGCUUUGUCCAACUGACAAGUCGAGCUUCAGCAAGUAGCAAACUGUCACGUGAUGAUGAGGCUGUCGUUUGUGUGAAGAUAUUUCUACACUGCUUCAUAUUACAGGACACGUUGGGUUAUUUUUCUUUAAAGUUCCGGUCCAUCUUCACAGUUUGCCUUCUUAGUUGGAGCAGGUUGUUUAUCAGAAACGUGUGAAAGCAGAAUGGAACAUUACUGUGGACAGAGUGAGCAGCGGCACUAGUGUGAAAGUUUGUGUGUGGUGUCGUCAUGUGUCGCAGUCUGCUGCUGCUGCUCAGUGUCAAAGCUCAGAGAAGCAAAGUGCAAAUCAAGUCUCUGUCUGCUCAUGGUGAUGGAUUGUAUUGUAAAUAGUUUUUAAUAAAUGCUGAGACAAUUCUG